GUUCUGACCAACAUAUUGUCACAUCUUUCUAAUUAGCUUUCCCCAAGUUAAUAUAACAUCAGAUGACAUUGACAGAAGAGAAUUCUUAACAUUACAUUCAUCAUUGCUAUUAUCUUUUAAUGAUGAAGGCAAGAUGUUAUGCUGAACAAAUAUAAUCCUGUUCACAUAAAUCCCUGGUGGAUUACACUGAAUUAUUUCUUCUGAGUGAGAUUGAGAAAGAAUUAUCUCUGUUUCAAUGUGUGGAACAUGAAAGAGAUGGUUUAGUUUUAAUUCAAUUUCUACAAAUUUACAAAAGAAUUUUCACCAUCUUCAGAUUAUCAAGAAAAACCACAGAAGAUGAAAAUACUGCAGUAGAAACAUAUUUCUGAUGAUUAAACUAUAGAGACAAAAACAAGAAAAUAUCUAUUGUGACGAGAGAAGAAAAGUUCUACUGAAAUGAAUUGAAAAUUCAUUUUUCUUUCCUGAAGAGAUGUCAAAAGCGAAAGGAAUAUUAUUGUAUGAAUGUGACAUCUGUAAAAAAUCCUUCUCUCAAAAAUGCAACCUCACAACUCACAAAUAUAUUCAUACAGGAGAAAAACGACAUCACUGUGAUGUCUGUGGUAAAUCGUUUUCACAAAAUACUCACUUAACUAGACACAAACGUAUUCAUACAGGAGAGAAACCAUAUCACUGUGAUAUCUGUGGUAGAUCAUUCGCUGAAGGAAGCAACUUAGCUAAACAUAAGUACAUUCAUACAGGAGAGAAAUCACAUCGUUGUGACAUUUGUGGUAAAACAUUCUCUCAGGCAGGUGCCUUAACUACACACAAACGUAUUCAUACAGGAGACAAACCAUAUAAUUGUGAAGCCUUGACUAUACACAAAUAUAUUCAUACAGGACAGAAACCAUAUAAAUGUGAUAUCUGUGGUAAAUCAUUCUCUCAAAGUGAUACCUUAAAUAAGCACAAAUAUAUUCAUACAGGUGAGAAACCAUAUCAUUGUAAAAUCUGUGGAGAAUCAUUCUCUCAAUAUAAUCUCUUAAAUCGACACAGAAGCAUUCAUACUGGCCAGAAACCAUACGACUGUGAUAUUUGUGGUAAAUCAUUCCCUGAAGGAAGCAGCUUAGCUAAGCACAUACUCAUUCAUACAGGAGAGAAACAAUAUCACUGUGAUAUCUGUGGGCAAUCCUUUUCACAAAAACCUCACUUAAACAACCACAAGCGCAUUCAUACAGGAGAGAAACCGUAUUGCUGUGAUAUCUGUGGCAAAUCAUUCUCUCAUACAGGUAGCUUAACUACACACAAAUACACACACACGGGAGAGAAACCAUAUCGUUGUGAUGUCUGUGGUAAAUCAUUCUCUCAGAAAAGUAAUCUAUCCACACACAAAUAUAUUCAUACUGGAGAGAAGCCAUAUCACUGUGAUAUCUGUGGUAAAUCAUUCUCUGGAGGAAGUACCUUAACAAACCACAAACGUAGUCAUACAGGUGACAAACCAUUUCAUUGUGAUAUCUGUGGUAAAUCAUUCUCUAAAAAUGAUACUUUGACCAAACAUAUCCGCAUUCAUACAGGAGAGAAACCAUAUCCGUGCGACGUCUGUGGCAAAUCAUUCUCAAAAAAUAGUCAUUUAACUAGACACAAACAUACUCAUACAAGAGAGAAACCAUAUCGCUCUGAUAUCUAUGGUAAAUUAUUCUCCAAAGAAGGCCACUUAACUAAUCACAAACACAUUCAAACUGAAGACAGACCAUAUCACUGUGGUAUUUGUGGUAAAUCAUUCUCUGAACAAAGCAGCUUAACGAGGCAUAAACGUAUUUUUAGCAAUAAUAAAUGCUGGACACCAAUGUUUAACAAGACAAGUUUGGACGAAGAAGAUUAACUUGAAUGCAUGUGGAUAAGGACCAGAAUAAUGCUUUUCUACUCUUGGCACAAGUCAGUGGGGUAUUAAACUGUAGUUAUGCCUUUUUUCAGUAAAAGUUAACAUUAACGGGGGAGGGGGAUAGUCGACUACAUUGACCACUGCUCAACUAGCACUUAUGUGUGUGUAUAUAUGUAUAACAUUCCAUUUAGAGUCGUCAUCAAAAAUGGCAGCAACUGAAAGAUAUAUUCAUAUAUUAAUAGUUGAAAGUAAGAUCCAGAAUGAUUUUCACAUGUUUAAGUGUGUGUGUGUAUAUAUAUAUAUAUAUAUAUAUAUACACACACACACACACUCAUACAUACAUGCAAUGAAAAGUAGGUCUGGUGUGAUUGUUGAAAUACUUGAUUGGAGCCAGGCUUUGAAUGAUGACCAGAAUGUAACUGGGAACUUGUCUCUCAUGUCAGUUCACAGUGUCUACCUUUCCAGUCUCUGUUGUUGAAAAGCAGACAACCAUUCCGAAGUGCAUGCAUCCCACAAUCUGGUUUGCGAGCAGUUUGAGCUGAUUCUGUAUUUACACCUAUUUGUCUACUUCCAGAAAUUUUCUCUUAUGACAAAAUACAGUGAAUGAUGGAAUAUGUCUCAUGUAUAUUUGAACUGAUAACAAGUUUGUAUCCCUACAUAACACAGCUUAAUGCUGUCACUGCAUUUCUUUUCAUUUCCAGUGGGCCACAGUCAUUGAAUGGUGACGGGAAUAUCAUAAGGGUGACCUGUCUCGCAUGGGAGUUUGCAGCAUCUGCCUUUCUGGUCUCUGUUGUUGAAUGGGAGAUAACCACCCCAAAAAGCAUGCAUUCAACAAUGUAGUUAAGGGUCACUGUGAGCUGACUCGGUGUAUUUACAUCUAUUUGCCUAACAUGAGAAAUUUUCUCCAUGACAAAAUACGGUGAAUGGGUUUCUUAUGGGUUCAAAUUUGCUACAAAAGUUUGUUUUAGUGUGCGUAUGUGCAGUUUACUUCACAACAACAUUAGCAGAUGCAGUCUUAAUAAAAGAAGGCAGAGAUUAGUAUUAUCAUAGAUAAUAGUAUUAGUAAUAAUGAAGAAUUAUUAGAUAUACAUCUUUUCAGUGUUUCUCAAACUUUAUUCUGCAUUCCACAUCAACAUCUGUUCACUGUCCUCCCUCCGUGAUUUAUUCUUUUACUUGUUUCAGUCAUGUGGCUGUGGCCAUCCUGGAGCACCGUCCUAAAGGGUUUUUUAGUCAAAGAAAUCAACUCCAGGACUUAUUCUUUGUAAACCUAGUACUUAUU